GUUAAUAUUUGCAAUAUGCAACACCAAUUCCAAAUCCAGAGUAAGAAUAAGGUCAAAGACACCAGAACUCAUCUUUCCAGUCGUGCUAAACGAAGAGGCCGAAGUACUAAUACAUCCUUUAUGAGUAAGAGCAAACUGAAAAGUCAACAAUCAGUUCAUAAACGGAAAGGGUCUGAUCACAGUAAGGUCUCGACACAUAAGAGAGAUGCUACAAGCAUUAAGAGAGAAAACCAAGUUGAUAUUUCAGGCAAGGAUAACAUCAGUACUGAUGCCAACAUCAUGGAAGCACUCAAACUAUGAAGUGAAAGCAGAGGAAAGACUGAUUUCUACUGGAAACUCCACGAAGUGACUCUGAAGGUCAAAGACUAUGUACAAAAGUUUAAACAUAUCAAAAAGUCUCCCAAGCUAGGCAAUCAAUUGCAAAGUGCAGGAGGAAAUCUUAAUUUCUUGCGAACAAUGGAAUUGAAUAGAUCAUGUACAAAAAUGCCAUCAACCCUGGCAGUCCCUAAGCUAUCAGUGCACAAGAACUCUAAGAAGAUGAUUAGGCGUACUUCCACAGUAUUGCAAAGCCCACUGGUCAUUUCUCCAAAAUUAUCUGUGAUGCAAAACUCAUAUAAUUUCAGAAAGGAGAAAAAUAAUAAAAUUUCUGAGGUCAACAGUGCAUCUAGCAUGUCUGACAAGGAAGAGAAAUCAACUGGUGCUGAACGUGAGAAAAAGAUGAUCAAGUGCCCCUCCUCAAAUGCUCUGGAUAGUAUGAUCAACAGCACUUUGCAUAAGAAGUCAAAGAUAAGUAAACCACCUCCUCUUGCAGCAGGCUUAGCCAUGAAGAAUGCCAGAUCUGCCAGUAUUUCAAUCAACCUCCUGAAGAAGGAGACUUUAGUCACUAACAAUCGGAAGCCUAUAAAGGCGGUUGAUGAUUCUAACCUCCAAAUAAUCUCAUCAAAGAAAAGUGAAGCCAAGUCUGUAGCCAAGAGCAAGUCUGGAAGAAAGAAGAAGGGGAAACACUUCAAGCCACUGCAGCUCAAAUCCACUUUUCAUCAAAAAAGUAAAAAUAAGAAAAUUUCAAGAAACCAAUCCCAGCCUGCUGAAUUAUCUCCUUUAAAAGAGGAGAAGCUGAGCAAAGAAGGGAAAUUACCUCAUAUAAUUACAACAAAAGAAGGUUUUGAUGAAGAUAUCAUCAAGGCGUCCCAAGUUGACAUCAUGAGUAUGCUUACGACUAGAAGAUCAACAGUGAAGAAUAACCAGAAGCAGCAGGAGUUUAAAAUAUGUUUUUCCAAAAAGACCAGCCAAAACUCUUCUCCGAAGCGCCAGAAUUUAAAUAAGCUUGUAAAUUUAGCUCCAAGUUCAUCUCUGAUUUCAAGGUUACCAAAGUAUACAAAAGAGGGUUUAGGAAUGUACACGGCUCCUUCAAAUCCGUUUAAGACUCAAAGAGCCUCACUUGGAUCAUAAGUAUAGAUUCAGUGGCCCACCAGGGCAGAAAGGACUCAAAAACUCUUAAGAUUUCUAUAAUUAUUCUGUGGAAUAAUUCAUAUGAUGAUUUAAGAGACUAAAUCAAUGAAAUCAGUUUAUUUUAUGCCGAAUAUGAGCUUUUACAGUGCCAAAUAAGCUGAAUUUUAUUCUAUAACCAAACAGCUUAUCAU